AUGCCUCCAAAACGCCGUGGCGCGGCCUCUGCGUCUACCGCGCAGUCCCAACCCAAGAAAACCCGACUUUCAAAACUCGCGAAAGAAAAUGACAUCACUGCGGAAGAAGAAACCGAGAUAAAGGAAGCUUUCCACUUGUUUGCUGUGAAAGACCUUCCCGCUGAUGUUGAAGAAGACUAUGCAUCUGAGAAGGAGGGGGUGAUCAAGACAGAAGACGUGCGACGGGCACUGAUCCUUUUGAUGGGAUCCAGAGCGCUUGGCCUGCCUCCCAACUCCCAGUCCGAGUUGAAUUCGAUGCUGUCCGCCGUCGACCCCUCACGCACCGGAUACGUCUGCUACGAACCUUUCCUCUCGGUCUGCGCGCUCAAACUGCACGCACGCUCCGACGACGCCCGUUCAGAAGAAGUCGAGCAUGCCUACCGUCUGUUUACGCGCGGCACAGAUGGGCCAAUUUUGCUAUCGCAUCUGCGGCGCGUUGCCAGGGAGUUGAAGGAAGAUGUGAGUGAAGAGCUCUUACGGGAUAUGAUCCGAGAAGCAAAUGGCGGGGAAGGAUUACAUGCAGGCGUGAAUGUCGAGCAGUUUGGGGAUGUUAUGACGCGAGCAGGUGUGUUUUAA